GGCAGACUGUCUGCUACGUCUGUGGUAUGAUUUCGUGCCAUUGUGCCAUAUGUGGUAUGCUUAGAAUGCUUAGAUCAUAAUAUAGUAUAGUAUAUUAUGAUCUAAUUUCUAAUGUGCUAUGUAAAAAAAAUAAAAACAGCCAAGAGACAAACACUCAACUUCUCAAGUACUCUGUCUCUGUAGUGUAACUUCUCACGGUUAAUAUACUAAUGCCCACUGCUCAUCUUUAUCUAUGACAGUAAAUGAGUAAAAAAUAGAUCUAUGCUGUCAUAAUAGUAGGUGUGAUGUUAAGUAAUCAAUGCCCUGUGCCCCGGCCUGGUAACUAUUAGUAUUAACAGUUGUUUUUCUUUGACAAUUGUCGGCGGUGCAGUGCACAACUGCACCGCUGUUCAUUAUUUAAUAUUAAUUAUUAUCAUUUAAUAUUUACGGCAGUCGAAAACUGCAGCUGAAGAAGACUUCGUGAGUGUUUAUUUGUUAUUAUUAUUAUUUUUAUAUAGCGCCUGAACGCCAUCGCGACACCGCGAGUGUCGUCCGCAGCGCGCAUCGCAGACGUCGUCGUCGUUUGUCGCGAGUUUUAUAAUUUAUUAAUACACCGACGGUACGCCUACUCGCCGGGGCAUUGUGCUAUAAUUAUCUCGCGAUCUGCUGGCAGGUCUGCCCGUUUAACGAUAGAUAAUUCGCCGGGUAAACGCUGACAGUGCAACGCACAGAACACGACACGAUUAUUGGUCGAAAUUUGGAACAUGGACGCCGAAUCGUUUUUGGAGUUUGCCAGCCAAGUGACCAAAUGGAAGAUGUACCCAUACUUUGACGUUGCGCAUAGUGUGCUCUGUGCGCUUCACGUCCGUGAUGACCUCGGUCCAGGUGCACUGGCGUUUUCACGCAAGCAUCCCAUUUCCUGUUGGCUGUCCACGAUGCUGGUCGUCUUUGCUGGAGGCAUGCUGAGUGCUGCUCUUCUUGGCGAACCCCCUUUAGCACCGCUCAAAAACACUCAACAACUUUUGAUUGCUACAGCCGUUUGGUAUCUAGUUUUUUACACGCCAUUUGAUAUUGGAUACAGUAUUGCAAAGUUUCUUCCUGUGAAAUUAGUGUUUUCUGUUAUGAAAGAAAUAUAUCGUUGCAAAAAGGUCCAUGAUGGUGUAUUGCAUGCGGCUAAACUCUAUCCCAAUGCCUACAUAAUAAUGGUUUUAAUUGGUACCCUUAAAGGAAAUGGUGCUUCAUUUACAAAAAUUAUUGAAAGACUUUUAAGAGGAGUAUGGACACCCACAUCUAUUGAGACAUUACAACCCAGUUUUACUACCAAAGCAUGCAUUAUAGCGUCCGUGGUGUUUGUACUCGAUAUUAAAAGUGAUUUAAUAUCAGCUCCACAUGCUUUUGUUUAUGUUUUUGUCAUUGGUUUCUUCAUAUACUUCAAGGUAUUCUCUUCAAUGAUUUUGGGAAUACAUGAGCCAAUGUUACCAUUUGAAAACUUGAUAUGCGCAAUAUUCUUUGGAGGUAUAUUUGAUUAUACUACUAAAGCGUUCAAAAAUACCAAAGACGACAAAGUAGAUACAAAAAAGAAAGAUUAACCAUGAAUGGAAUUUGGUUAAUGUUUAAAUAUUUAUAAAAUUCACUAUGUGAUGUAUUAUUUUAUAUCUAUACUCUAUUCAAGUUAAGAGUACACCAGUUUGCGCAUGUGCUACUGACUGCCGUAUGUUGCCGUAACCCCAUGAUUGAUCAUUCUGAAACAAUUUUACGCCAACGUGUACUGUGUUAUUAUUACCGCCAUCGCUGUGUAUCAGUGGUGGGGAACCAUGUGUGAACAUGACGUGUUUUCGUCGACCGCCCGGUGUACUCUUAAGUUGAAUAGAGUAUAGUCAAUGCAUUUUUCUUGCACAAAAACAAAUCAUAAUGUUCCCCAAUUGACUAUUAAUUAUAAAAUCAGUUUUUUUUUAAAUAUACCUAUUAUUUUUGUUGUAUUUAAUAUUGAUAAUUAAAUGUAAUAUUAAUAAAUUGUUGAAACUAACAGGACUUUCUAUAUCAUAAAAUUAUUUUAUUAUUCUCAGAAAAAUAUAUAUAUAUAUAUAUAUAAAAA